UUCCCGUCCCGUCCCGUCCCGUCCCGUCCCGUCCCGUCCCGUCCCGUCCCGUCCCGAGGAAACAGAAGGAAGAAACUUGGGGAAAGAAGCGGCAUUGAGGAGUAACUGAUUUAAUGAGAGGCAAAUACACAGCUUCAGUCACUUGAAAGAAGUACAUCGUCAGUUACUUCUCGUUUCUCCACUUUUGGUAGUGCUUAAUAUUGUUAAGCCAGGCACUAAUGACUUCAAAUCAGGGAGUUCUGUUCCAGUGCCUCAGAAGCAGCCUGCUAUGUUUCAUUUUCCAGUAGGUAGCUGGUAUGAGAGUAACAUUCCAGUUAGUGUGCCCAUUCUCACAUGUAUAUGGCCUGAAAGCGUGCACAGACUGAAAAUAGUGCAUUUACUGGCACCCAUGUAAAUAUAAACAGCACUUAUAUAAAUGUGAAUUAUGCAGGCCAUUGGUCAGAUUUUCCCUCUUCAGCUGAUCAGGACUGAGGUUCACUUAUGAAGUGUCCACACUUUGUUAUAAAUAUGCAUGCAUUCACAAAUCUUUCAAAUAUUAGCUUUUUACACUGGUAUCUGUCUCGUCUGACAAUUUCCCAUAUGUCCAAUAGUUCUUUCAUGUUCUGGAUGAGAAAGAAAAGAAAAAGAAGAAAAAACUCUGCAAAUGAUUAAAAAACAAAACAAAAAAAACUUUACUAUGCAGGUGACAGAGCGCUGGCACAGCUUGUCUGGAGAAUUUAUGGAUUCUCUUUCCUAGGAGAUCUUUAGAAGCUGCUUGGAUGUGAUUUGGGGCACCCUGCUCUGGGUGUCCCUGCCUGAGUGGGGGCUGGACCAGAUAGACCCAGAGGUCACUGCCAACCUCAUCCAUUCUUGGAUUUAGUUCAGUCAGGGCAGUAUCAGGCCAGGGCCUAGAUGCCUGCCUGAGUACCUUGGAAAAUUCAAAGGUUCUCAUGUGAAGUCUGUUGAAAUCAUUGGACACAUCUCAGCAACUUCUAGGGCCCUAGAUUGGCCCUGUGAGUGCUGACUUAUGAAAGCAUUAAGGAAAUAACACAAACAGGCCCAGGCUGGUUUGGAUACCAUUGAAAUUAAGCUGUCAUUGACCCCAAAAAAAAAAAAAAAAAAAAAAAAAAAAAAAAACCAACAACCUCAAAGCUGAAACAGAGUUAUGUGGAAUCUCGCCAUUUCCUCUGAAUUAAGAGUAGGCAAACGUUGUUUUAGCAAAGUUCACUUCACUGUUCAAUUACACUCUCUGCAUAAAAAGCACUAGUAUUUUGCUUAACACUGUCCUGCAUUCUUUCACUUACCUACAGCUGUCUGCUGUCUUUUGUUUUUUUUCCCUGAACUGUGGACUGUCUGGAGUGUGGCUCAUCUUGUGCUCUUGUACAAUGAGACCAGCUCUGUGCUUGGAACUCAGAGGCACCACAGUAGGCAAAGAGUGCCGUUUCUAAAAGGUUGAAAUAUCAGCCUAAAAAUACCAGGAUUUAUUUAUAUUUUUGAUUACUGAAGUCACCAAGCUGACACUUUAUGUGAUGCUUGCAUGUGUUUUGAGCUGGAAGACCUGUGGGAAGCAAUCCAAAAUAAUGGUGAGUCAGGAAAUGCCAAGUGCGUCGAGAUGUCUUGAAGAACCGCAUUCAUCAGAUGAAGUCAGCACAUCCUCCAAAGAAGUACUUAAGCCCAGUAACAUGAAAAUGUCAGAAGUUUCUGCAGCCAUGUCUAAAGCUGACAUCAAGCCAAAAUCUAUCUGUCAUGCCAAACAAUGGUCAGAUGAGAUAGAGAACUUAUACAGGUUCCAGCAAGCUGGGUACAGAGAUGAAGUUGAAUACAAACAAGUGAAACAAGUUGAUACGGUAGAGUGUUGGCCAGAAACUGGAUUUGUGAAGAAGCUUCAGAGAAAGGACAACACCUUCUAUUAUUACAAUAAGCAAAGAGAAUGUGAAGACAAAGAUGUUCAUAAAGUGAAAGUUUAUGUAUACUAAUUUUGCUACUUUCCAAAGUUUGUACAUUUUAAAAUAAAUCUUUUUGUUAUGAUUUGUAAGAGAAUGAGAUUUGUAUAACCCAGCAUUCAAAGCAUAAAUGUCAUUCUCGGAUAGAAUGGGGAAUACAGAACGUGUUCCAAAUAAUUUGAUAUCAAAAAGACAAAAAGCUGCAAAGGGACUUUGCAUAUUUGGUUUGACUGUGCAAAGUCCAUUGUAAGUAGGCUCAUUAAUCUGUACUCUGAACAACAUAAUCUUGUCGAUAUCAGCUAAUGUCAGCUGCAGUCUCUUGGUGUAACUGAGGGCUGUGAGGCUCCCAGUAAGUCCAAAAGGCAAAUUGCAGUAAUUGUAGUGCUGUGGAGAGGAGCUGCAGCAACGAGCAGAACUCUUUAUUGUUUUAGUCUACUGUUUAUUUAGUUACUGUUGUGUCAGAUCUGUUCCCCAGUAUGUUUGCUUAGCGUUUCCCUUUCUGCCCCUAGCAGCCCAAUUUAGGAGUCCUCCCUCAAACGGCUCUACUCAAAUAAACUUUCUCACGCUCUGUGUUUAUCACUGAGACUUACCAAGUCUGUUUCUUUUGAUUGUUUCCUCAUUUGGAAGUUCUUGAUCAGAUAACCCUGCUGGAAUAAACAUUCUCACUUGUUAAUGAGGGCAACCCACCAAGUUUGUUUCUGGCCACUGUCUUAACACCAAUGGGUCAGGGUUUCUGUCUGUAAGUGCUUGUUCUUUUUGUUUGCCUCAUCAUCCCAAUGUCUUGAGGCCUUUACCCAAUUGUACAUCAAAUAAACUGUUUCACACACCACA